CGCCAUUAAACCCUAGCUUGCUUUUUUUUUCUCUCUUCUUCUAGCGAAAGCUGAAGAUUCACAUUCGCAUCUUCGCGCUUAUAUCUUUGUUGUUUCUUAGAAUUUUUUUUUUGGUGUAGUUACACUCGAGAAUGAGGAAAACGAAGCAGAGAGGAGGUUCGCGAGGAGGCCGUAAAACUGGUGCGUCUUCGUCGGCGAGUAAGAACGAUGAUGCGGUGGUAGCGACCACGACGCAGGAGACUCAGCCUACUCAGGAGACAGAGGAAACAGAGGCUAAGGUGGAAUCUCCGGCGCCUGAGGAGGAGGGGAAGAACGAAGAAGAGGUGAACGAGAAUCAGGAAGAGGAAGCGGCGAAGGUUGAAUCUAAGCCUGCGGAGGAGGGAGAGAACGAAGAAGAGGCGAAAGAGGACCAGGAGGAGGAAAAUGAAGAAGCGAAACCUGAUGAAAGUGCGAGCCAAAAGGAGGAGGCGAAAGGUGCGUCGUCUUCACAACCAAAGCUUCGUCGUGGUAAGCGUAAGAGACUCACAAAGACGGAAGCGGAGAAGAAACCGACUCCGAGAGCCAAGAAGCGAGCCAAAACGACCAAGGCGCAAGCAGCUGAGCCUGAGUACUUCGAAGAGAAGCGUAAUCUGGAGGAUUUGUGGAAGGAUACAUUUCCAGUGGGAACGGAGUGGGACCAACAGGAUGCAGUUUAUGAUUUCAACUGGGAUUUUAAAAAUCUUGAAGAAGCUCUGGAGGAAGGUGGAAAGCUCUAUGGGAAGAAAGUCUAUGUUUUUGGCUGCACUGAGUUACUGCAAUGUGCACCUCUCACUCCCCCUUUUGAUUUCCUCUAUCUUAUCAUUGCAGCUCAUUCAGUCAAUUACAAAAAUGAGAAAAAGGAUGUCAUUGUUCCUGCUGUUGUUUGUAUUGAGUCAUCUAUUCCCCCGUCUGAUAAGAUAGGAGUUGCAUCGGUUCAAGGAGAGGUUGGGGAAAUUAUUCCAAUGAAAAAUAUGAAAAUGGAUUGGGUUCCUUACGUCCCACUUGAACAAAGGGAUAGACAAGUUGAUAGAAAGAACUUUCCAGUUUUCAUCUUGGGCUGUACUCAGAGAAGGUCUGCUCUCAAGCAUUUGCCGGAGGGUCGUGCUAAAAAAUUCAACUAUUGCCUUCCUUACAUCAACAACCCAUUUAAGGUAGAUGAAUCUGAGCAGAGCACUGUGGUUCAAAUAAGUUUCCCUUCUGAGCCACUAGUUGAAUGUGAAUAUGACUGGGUGAAAAACAACGUUGAGGAUUUCACCGACAAUCUAAUCAAUGAGGAGGUAUUACUACCGGAACAAAAGGAUGCGUUCGAGGAGUUUGUCAAAGAGCAAAGUAACAUAGCUAUGGCAGCUUAUGACAGGGCAAAAGAAGCCCGAGAGAAAGUAAAGGAAGGACUGAGCAAAGAAACAACAAAAGCUUAUCAAGAAAUGAAGUUGUACAAGUUUUAUCCAUUGCCUUCACCAGACACACCCGACACUGCAGGAAUUGAGAAGUCCCCGUUCAUAAACAGGUACUUUGGGAAGGCUCACGAAGUCCUGUAAUCGUUUCUCCAAACCCAGGAACCUUUUUGAUUCGGCAAACAUUAUGAACAACUGAGAAUCAAAGAAAACCACUUUGGGAUUGUUUAGGCCAAAGAUACAACACACUUACAAAUAACAAUUGUCUUUUGGA